AAUAUGCAUUCAUUUACCUACUUUUGUUUUAGUGGCGCGUGAAGAGGAAAUUUACUGCGCAGGUCAGUUUGUUGUUGUCAGUAGAAACGUAGACUUGAAUAUGGCAGAAAACGUGAGACAAUGAUAUUACGUCGUCAACUUAGAUAGGCUAGAAACUAAUGUCAUUUUGUCGGUGAAUCUAUAACAUUAUAAGGAAAGUGGCAUAUAGAAAAUGAAGAAUAAUUAUCAAACUGAUGAAUAAGAGUGAUGAGGAAUUAUGUCACCGAAAAAAAUUGUAGAAAAUUCCAGCCGUUAAACAUAGAUCAGAUUACUAUUAGUUCUUCUGUGUCAUCUUGCGGGAGGUCGAACAGUUGCCAGUGUUUUUCGAAGGAUAAGUGGUCGUGUUUAUAGCUAACUAUACAUAUAACGGAAGAAAUAGUGAACUGUAUUUGGUUAUGUCUACAAUAUAACAAGUGAUAUAAACUACACAGGUGUUAUUCAAUUACAAACAAGUGAUACUCGGGAUUUAGACCAAGACCUCGCUUCUGUGCUAAUUUUUUUUUUUUUGAUUAGAUCUAAUAAUGCAAAAAAAUAGUCUUCACACACUUAUUUCUGACUUCAAUUUUUAAUUAAAGAGUUAUAAAUUGAUAUUCCUUAUGAAAACAGACGCCAAGAAGUCUAAAUCACAGUCAUUAAUGCUGUAUGGUAUUGGUCCAGCCAAGGCCAUGGAUAAAUAUGAAAACCUGGGAUUAGUGGGAGAGGGUAGUUAUGGUAUGGUUUUAAGAUGCAAACACAAGGAAAGUGGUCAACUUGUAGCCAUUAAAAAAUUUCUAGAAAGUGAAGAUGACAAAAUGGUUAAGAAGAUUGCACUGAGAGAAGUUAAAAUGUUAAAGCAAUUACGUCACGAUCAUUUAGUUAAUUUAUUAGAAGUGUUUAGAAGGAAGAAGAGACUAUAUUUAGUGUUUGAAUUUGUUGAUCACACAGUUUUAGAUGAACUUGAAAAGUGUCCAAACGGAUUAGAUGAAAAUACAGUUAGAAAAAUAUUAUAUCAAGUGUUAAAAGGAAUAGAGUUUUGUCAUUUACAUAAUAUUAUUCAUAGAGAUAUUAAACCUGAGAAUAUUUUAGUGAGUAGAACUGGUAUAGUUAAAUUAUGUGAUUUUGGUUUUGCUCGGACAUUAGCACAACCUGGUGAAACAUAUACGGACUAUGUAGCUACACGAUGGUACCGUGCACCAGAACUUCUAGUUGGUGAUACCAAAUAUGGCAGAGCUGUUGAUUUAUGGGCUAUUGGCUGUCUGGUAGCGGAAAUGUUAACGGGAGAACCAUUAUUCCCGGGUGAUUCCGAUAUUGAUCAACUUUAUCAUAUAGUCAAAUGUUUUGGUAAUUUACCAUCACGGCAUAAAGAAGUUUUUUUACGGAAUCCUUUAUUUGUUGGAAUGAGAUUACCAGAAGUUCGAGAGAUUCAGCCAUUAGAGAAAAAAUUUAAACGAGUAUCAAAUUUAGCCUUAGAUAUAAUGAAGCAAUGUUUAAAAUUAGACCCUGAUGAGAGACCACAGUGCUCAGAAUUAAUCAAACGUGAAUUCUUCCAAAAAGAUGGCUUUGCUCAAAAGUUCAGUCAAGACCUGAAAAUGAGGUUACAGCGUGCCACAACAGAUAACCCAUUAUUAAAAUCUAUUAAUAAACCUGAUAGUGCUACAAAUGAAAAUAAAGAUUCUUCCGAUCUGUUAAAAACUGUAAAGAAAAAGAAGAAAACUGAAUCAAAAGAUAAAGAUAUCAAAGAACCUGCCAAAGACACAAAAGAUAAAGACAGUAAAGAUAAGGAUAAAGAAUCUAAUGAAGAUAAAUUAAAGAAGAAAAUAUCAGAUUCAGAGCCAAAGAAUUCAUCUAGAAAAGUACAUCCACCAUUGUCAAAAGAACAAACAAUAAUUCUGCCUGCUGCUCCUGUAGGUGGAGUUGUCAGUCAACCUAUUGGCAACCAAUCAAAUUCUACUGAUGACGUGUCAGAGAAAGAAAAAGUGAAAAAGGAAGAGAAAGAAAACGAGAAAGAAAGAGAUAAAGAGAACUCUACGUCCCCGCAACUGCCACCCAGUGGUGUACCACCUAUAAAUAUGACACAAGUGAUUGGUUGUGGUACACCAUCUAUACCUGCUAUAAAUAGAACAUCAAUGGUUCUAACUCGUAUAAGUCCAAAUGUUGCUUGUGCUACAUCUAACUAUGUAUCUGUCAACAAUUUAACAUUAUCAAGUCCGACAUUAUUAGGCUCACUAUGGGGGCCUGCUUCCAUAAGGAUCAGUGAUAAGGCUGUCAAGAAAUCCUCCUCAUCAAGUUUUAAAAAGCCCUCUCCAUCUAAUCACCACAGUGUCUCUAUUAGUCCUCAGCCAUUACAAACAGAAAAAAGUUCCUUAUAUGAUAAACAUACACAUUAUGAUGGUAAAAGUAAGAAAGGUGGUGAUAAAAAAGAUGAUAAAGGGUUGAGUUUCCCAGAAGUCAAGGGUUUAAGUUUACCAGAAGUUAAAGGAGCUGAAGCUAAAUCUAAAGAAAAAGUCAAUAAGAAAUCUAAUCUAUCUAUGAUACCUCAUAUUACAACUUUAGAUUUCAUGGGUUCUUCAAAUCAGCAUAACGCGUACGAUUCUGACCGUGAUAAUAACAGCCUACCUAAUGUCUGACAGAAGUAUAAUCCAUCAGUAUAUCUUAUCAGAGUGAACAGAAGGAGAAACACUAAACAAGCAAACAGAAGCAGCAUGCAAUUGAUCAAAUCAAAAUUUAAAUCUUAAAAUCGCAAUAUUUAAUCAAAAUAUCAGAAGAAUAAGUUCAGGAUUCUGAAAAACCUUGUAAAAAGUCUAUGUAAAUAAUGUACAUUAUUGUAAAUAUGUGAAAUACAAAUACUCAAACCAAUAUUUAUUUUUUUUAUAUUUGUUGUUACAUGAAUUAGUGUAAUAUGUUGUACAGUACAUUGAAUUAUGUAAAAGAGAAACCAUUUUAUACAUAGUAUCACCACUGUAGCUUCAUACUGAAACAUAGGGAUCCAAAACUGUGUGCAAUGUUCAACUUAUAUCUGUGUACUUGUGGACUUGAAAUAGAUUUUAAUUUGUUCUCAUCAUGAUCUGCUUGAGUAAAUGGAUUUAACCAUUAUAAAUUUUAAGAUUGAUCUAUGCAUUUCUAUAUUCAUACCCAAAGAAUUAAAUCUUAUGUAACUAUAAUGAAAUAAAUGGGCAAUAAAAUGAAAAGAGAUUAAACGAUGUAUAUUUACGGACUAUUUUAUUGUAUAUUUAUAUUAUAUAUAUGCGUUCUUAAAAUUGGUGUGUACAUGUAUAUAUCGGUUUAUGUGCAAUUAUGUUGAAGUGUUUUGCAUAAUACUUUAUAUUUGAAUAAAGGUGUUCUUGUAC